AUGCAAUAAAAUCCAAUCCAAUUUUAAAUCAUAACUUGCAAUCUCACAUCAAGUCCAGAAAAAUUUAUUUGUAUAAGCACAUAAUGUUAAGAGAAUAGAGAUUAAUCAUUUGGUUGUUAUGAAUGUUUAAUUAAAAGACAUAAUUAAAUAGAUUAACUCCAUUUUGAUAAAAUUAUAGAAAUUACAACAUUUUUAUCUCAAAUCUAAUAGAAAUAAUAAAAGAAAAUUGAAUUAUUAGAAAAAGUAAUAAAAGAAUAAAAUUCUAAAAAAAAAGUUGUUUAAUAAAAAAUUAUUGAAGAUUAGAAUAUUUUAAAUAAUGAUUUAGUAUAAUAAAGAAUAGAAUAACUAUUUAACAUUGAUCUUAUGAAAUUAUAAAAUGAAAAAGAUUCAAUUAAUAAUACCAUUACUUAUUCUAAUUAAUAAUAAUGCAAAUUACUCAAAUUAUUUAAUGAAGACAUUGAACAAUAUGAAAAAGAAAUAACUGAGAAAGAACUUAAACUAUAGGGAAAUGUAGAUUAAAUUUUAGAAAGUUGUCAAAUUGUAACUCUUUAAUAAUUUAAUAUGUAAUUUAUAUAACAUUAAUUAUUAGACUUAAGAAUCAAAUAUAAAAACUAUAAGAUGAAUAUCAAAAAUAAUUAUUAUUAAUUGUAAUCAUGUUUUAAUUAUAUUUAGAAUUAAUUAAAAACACAAUAAAUAACUAAUAAACGUAAUACAUUUAUUGAAGUAUUAUUAUGGUUUUAUGUACCUCUCUUAUUUUUGAUUUUUCUUUAUCUAAAUAAGGAGUAUCCUCAUUUAUUUUAUUCAACUUCUUAUGAUUUAGAAUCUGAAUCAGAUUUAAAAUAAAUAAUUGAAAAAAUUUAAGAUUAAAAAUCAGUAUCAAAAAAUUAGACUAAUUAAUCAUGGCUUAUUAGUGAAAUACUUGAAAAUCGUAGUGUUUAGGAAUUUCAAAACUUUACUUUAUUAUAUGAAAAUUCAUUUAGUGAACCUUUUACUAAUUAUUCAUAUGAAUAAAUAUUACUUAAAGUUUUUUAGGAUAAGAAAGAUUAGAUUGUUUGUAUUGGAGCUAAAUUAAAUUUAAAUUUGAAAUUGAUUGGAUGUGAUUUAGCAAGCGAAAUAUUUUCAUUAACAUAGAAUGCUUAUAGUGCUCGUAAAAGCAAGAAUGGUGAAAUCUAUUGGUAUUGGUUUUCAUCAAAAUCUUUUGGAUUUUCUCCUAAUAGAGACAUAGCUCUCAACAAUACUGAUGAAGAGGAUCCUUCUUGUGAACUAAGAUUUUCAUAUGGUACAACAAAAAAUUUAGAGGAUAGAAGAAUUGGCUCUUUGAAAGGUUAUUAAAAUACUAAAGAAUAUAAUUUGGUUAUAUAUAUGCUGAAUGAAAAUAAUUGA